AUGGUCGCGGCUACCGACAGCAAACUCCCGACCCUUCCCGGCGGCUUCAAUUAUCCUGCUCCCACCGUUCCUCCAAAGGCUGGUGCUCCUUACCUACAGACUUCGCGACUUCCAGAGAACUUCGUCUUCAUAGUGGUCGGGGCCGCGCUGGGAUUUAUCGCUCUGCUCAUAUUUGCAUGGAGGAUCUUGAUGACAUGGUCCAUCAACCGCAGUUUCAAACGAGACGCCAACGCUGGUAAUGCAGGCGGUACUGCAGCCUACACGCCGCUACCCGACCUCAAGAAGAAUCCCGCAGCACAAUCCGGUCACGACAUGGCAGACCUCAGCAAACUCCCUAGAUCUUUUUCGAGUGUCCCUAGCUUGUUCUUCUCCCCCACCGCCGAGGUUGCCAAACAAUCACAGCGUCCUCCCAGCCAACAUCUCCCUGCUGGCCACUACCGCGACGCUUCCGAUUCCUACCGUCGAUGA